AUGAAUAAUGCAAGACGAAUUAGCAAUAUUCCGGGUCUUGAGAAUGAGAUUCUUGGGGUUAUUUUUUCAAGAUUACCAGUUGGAACUCUUCUGCGAUUGAAGUGUUUAAGUAAGAGUUGCUGCAAACUCAUUUCAAGUCCCUGGUUUAUCACUCUGCAUCACAAGAGGUAUAAUUCAGACCCUGAUAACCAUUGUAUCUUUGUUCAGACUGGGGAGAUAAAUCGUUUGAUCCGUAUACAAAAUCCUGGCAACUUGAUAAAGCUUAAUGAACCCUGUAUCACCAAUUAUACUGUUAUAGGUUCAAUCAAUGGCUUGAUCUGUUUAGUUACUACUAUUGCUUCCCGUCGAAUGAUUUUCCUUUGGAACCCUUCCAUAAAUCAAUGCAAGAUGUUCCGUGUGCACCAUGAGAACCCUCAAGAGAAACGCAAAUGUGAUAUUAGUAUGGGCUUUGGAUAUGAUAAAGAUUCUGAUGAUUACAAGGUCAUGAGGAUUCUAAGCUAUAAAACAGGCCGGCCGUUGACUAUACUUGAGAUUUACUCAACCAAUUCGGAGUCUUGGAAAGAAGUGAAGUCUAAUUGUCGCUUAAAAAUGAAUACCUGCUUCUGUAAUGUAAUUGUUGAAGGGCUUACUUACUGGGUUGCAGAGGACUUGAAUGGAAGUACUGUUAUUGCCUCGUUUGUUUGGAGUAAAGAGAAGUUCUUCAUAAUAGCUUUACCGAAACAAGUGAUAACUAAAUCUCAAAGUUUUGAGGCCACGAACCAUCAUGGGUCAUUUGCAUUGCUUGCAUACUCUACACACAGAAAAUUCAAGGCGUGUCUUGACGUUUGGAUGGUUGAACUCGAUUUCUCUACAAUGGAGUACGAAUGGACAAAGAAGUACACCUUUCAAACGGAUUUUGGCUUUUCAAUGCAUUGGGGUCUUAUCGGUGGAGAUAUAGUAGUUGAAAAUGCUCCACGCACGCCCUUCUUGCUCAACCUGACUACAAAACAAAUGCGGCCAUUGGGAAUAAAUCCUCUUCUGUCACUUUUCAACUAUACUGAGAGUCUUGUAUCAAUUAAGGGGUUCAGGCGUAUCGGCAAUCAACUGAAAAGGAAGAGGAAGGAUUCAAAUCCAGUAAGAGCAAGAUUGAACUGA